AAUGGGCGCCGCCCGCAAGAACCCACCCUCGCCGCCUCCACUGAUUUCAACCCUUAUCGGCUGCAGCGGUGGCGGUGGCCCACGGCGGCGCAAUCGUCAGUCACCCGACAACGGACCACCGCUCACCAUCGACCGUCGACAAUCGCAUCCCCUAGCUGCCAACCGCACAAUAUAUCCAUCGAAAUUCUGCACCAUAGUAUAAUAUAAUUAUUUUGUGUUAUACGUUCGCCGUUGACAAUCCAUUGAAAUAUUACUCACAAUACAUACUUACCAACGCCAGCCGAGUAUUGCAGUGCAGUAACACAGUAUACAAUAUCUCGAUCACGGAAACUAAGACGGACAUAUAGCAUCACCACCAUGAUGGCCACCGGAGAAUCGAUGAAGUUCGCCGCCGCCCGAUUCGGCGGCGCUGGAGGUCUGCUGGACUGCAACUUACCGUCGCUGUACGUGGACGCGGUCUGGGCGAGAUUCCGGCGUCAUCCAGGCGCGUUCGCCGGAGGCCAGAUAGAAGGCUACGCCAGGGCCGUGGCCCUGUCCAGGAACGUCCAGAAGCAGAUGGCCGCAGUGACGGCAACCACGCCUGGUGGCAAGCCCAAGAAACGGUACAUUUGCACUUACUGCGACCGAGAGUUCAGCAAGUCGUACAACCUGCUCAUACACGUCAGGACCCACACCGACGAGCGUCCGUACCCGUGCGACGUGUGCGGCAAGGCGUUCCGCAGACAGGACCACCUCAGGGAUCACAAAUACGUUCACAUGAAGGACAAACCAUUCUCUUGCGAAUCCUGCGGCAAAGGCUUCUGUCAAAUGCGCACAUUGGUCAGCCACCGGAAGAACGCGCAAUGCCAAUGGUACCAAUACCAACGUCACCAGGCGAUAGCCACGCAGCUGAUCUCCUCCUCCGGAACCGCAGGAAGUCCUGGCACCGCCGCAGUGGCCGCCGUGGCGUCCCCCGACACGGUCCGAAACGUAAACCUGACCGAUUUCAGUAUCAAAACUCUGCUCGGAAUCGGCGAAGACCAAUAACAUAGUCGGUAGAGUAGUACCUGUUACACAUAAUACCGGCUAAAAUACAUAUAGUUAGUGUACCAUAAAAUUUAUCGCAGUUUUUUAUACGGUGAAAUGUACAAAAAUAACGUAAAUACAAGACGUUAAAAAAUAUUGUAUUAUUACUAUUAGCUAUUAAUU